AUGGCCAAAAAGGGGAAAUCUUCCAAAUCAACUCCCGAACCAAUAUCAGGAGGAGGAGGAGGAGGAGGUAAAGGUAAAUCUAAAAAAGACUCUACUCCAGAACCACCAACCAAAAACAAAAAGAAGAAUAAAGAUACCUCAUCAGAUCAAUCUACAACAACAACACCAGCUAAACCACAAAGAGGAUUAGCAAUUGGUGAUAAUUUUGGAUGGACUGGGAAAUUACCAGUUACUUUACUUAAUGAACAUUGUCAAAAACAAAAAUGGGGUAGAUGUCAAUAUGAUAUGAUUAAAAAAGGUUCAUCUGGCUUUAUUGGAAUUGUUACUUUAAAUUGGGAGAAUCCUAAAACUAAAGAAUUGAUAAGUAUUAAAUUAAAAGGAAAUUAUGAACCAAAAGAAACUACAAAUGAAGCAAGACAUAUGGUUGCUACUUUUGUAUUACAUAGAAUUAAUUAUAUUAAAAAUAUGAAAAUGUUAUUACCUGUGAUUUUUCGUGAUUAUUGGACUCAAUUGGAAGAUGAUAGAGUUAAAUUAUUGAAAGAUAAUAAGGAAUUACAUGAUAGAUUAUUUAAUGUGAAUCCAUUCAUGGUUUAUAUGCAACAGAAAGAAUUAGAAGAAAAGAAAGAAAAGGAAAGAUUAAUUAAACAACAAAAUGAAAUGAAAGUUAAAAAACCUACAAUUAGUUUGGGUAAUAAUACUACUAUAAAUAAAGAUAAACCAGUUAGUAAAAGAUCAAUAGUAUUGGAAUCAGAAACUACAAGAAAAUUCCCAAGAAAAGUAUGGGAAAAUGCUCCAUUUGUUGAUAUUCCUUCAGAAGUGAGAACUUCAAUUGAGCAUUCCAUUAGAAAUCAUAUUGAUUGGGUGAAUACAGAUCAUGAUUUAUUAAAAAAUUCAAAUUCAACUAUAGUUUUGAAUAAUUUAUUAUCACUUGGAUUUAGAGAACCUCAUAUUAAAGAAUCAUUUAAUUAUUGUUCAAAAUUUUCUGAUUGUUUAGAAUGGUUAUUGUUUCAUAUUCCUGAAGAUGAUUUACCUCCAAUGUUUAGUAAAUCAGAUAAAGACUCUAAAAUGCAAUUGAAAAUUUCAUCAAACUUAGAAUUUGAAUAUGCAUUGAAAAGAAUGUCCCAAUCAGGAUUUGAUGAAGAUGAAAUCCUUGAAGUUUAUAAGAAGAACAACAAUGAUGAACAUAAAACUUGUGUUGAUUUAACUCAGCAAUUGGGUCCAAAAAUUGAAACUGUCAAUGAACCCGAUAGUCAAGAUAUCUGGAAUCAGGAAAUUGAAGGACUUGAAAUAACGGGAAUUCCAAUCAAAUAUGAAAAAAAUACCGCCACUGUGAAGUUGAAUCAUGAGUUCUUGGAAGUGAAAAUAUUCAAAAGUGAAAAUUAUCCUAAUGAAUUUCCCGGGAUUCAAGUGAUUGUACCUAAAUCUGGGUAUAGUUUGGCGAACUAUAUUAAACUUUCAAUGAUUCGACAAUUAUUGGACUAUUUGCAAAGCUAUGUUGGUGAGUGUAUGAUUUAUACAAUUAUUGAUUGGUUAAAUGAAAAUGCUAAUAAGAUCAUCAAUAAUCCAGGCCCAUUAGUAAAGGAAAAAGUCUCCAAAACCAAGAUAGUAACAUCAAACUCUGAUAUUAAAUCAAAAAGAAAAGCUUCUGAUAAAGUGUCAUUUAUAACUGCAAAAGAUAUUGAAAACGUGAAACAAUCAUAUACUUCAAGAACAUCAUCUAGUGAAUACAAGGAUAUGAUUACUCAAAGACAAAAACUUCCAGCAUUUGCUAAAAAAGAAGCAUUGGUUUCGGCUAUCAACUCGAAUCAAGUAACAUUAAUCACUGGUGAAACUGGUUCAGGUAAAUCCACUCAAGUUGUUCAAUUCAUUAUGGAUGAUUUAUAUUCCAAAGGUGAUUUUAAAACCAAGAUCAUAUGUACCCAACCAAGAAGGCUUUCAGCAAUUAGUUUGGCAGAUAGAAUAUCCAAGGAAAGAACUGACUCCAUAGGUCAAGAAACCGGUUAUAUUAUUCGUGGUGAAAACAAAACCGGCAAAAAUACUAGAAUUACAUUUGUCACCACUGGGGUUUUAUUAAGAAUGUUACAAUCAUCUAAAACCAAUGGUAUAUUAGAAAACAUUGGCUAUAUAUUAAUUGAUGAAGUUCAUGAACGUUCAGUUGAUGCUGAUUUCUUGUUGAUUUUGUUAAAGAAAAUGAUGAAAGGUUUCCCCAAAUUAAAAAUUGUCUUACUUUCAGCAACUAUUAGUAUUGAAACUUUUGUUAAUUUCUUCUCCAAACCAUUGACUCCUUUACACAUCGAAGGUAGAACUUUCCCUAUUGAAGACUACUAUUUGGAUAAUAUCUUGUCUUCUUUGAAUUAUAAAAUCCAGAAUUCCGAUGGUGAAUAUGUUACUCCACUGCCAGAUUCACAUUUUUUCAAGUCAGGAAAUAUCAAUUAUGAAUUAAUUGCUAAAUUGGCAGAUUAUAUUGACAAAAAGCUUACACAAGAAGGAAAUUUAGGAUCAAUCUUGAUUUUCUUACCUGGUGUACUUGAAAUUUCACAAACUAUUAAACAAAUAAACAAAGAAAAUCCUAAUUUUAUGGCAUUACCACUUCAUUCAGGAUUGACUUCUGCUGAACAAAAAUUAAUCUUCAAAACCCCACCAAAGGGUAAGAGAAAAGUUGUUGUUUCUACUAAUGUUGCCGAAACUUCUAUCACAAUUCCUGAUUGUGUGGCUGUUAUUGAUACUGGUAAAUCCAAGAAUUUAUUCUUUGAUACUAAGUUGAACACCACCAAAUUGAUAGAAGAUUGGUGUUCACAAGCUGAAGUUCGUCAAAGAAGAGGUAGAUCAGGUAGAGUAACAGCUGGUGUUUGUUAUCAUUUGUAUACCAAAGAUACUUUUGAAUCUAUGAAACCACAACCAAUUCCUGAAAUCAAACGUACCAGAUUGGAGAAUCUUUAUUUGAUUGUCAAAUCAAUGGGAAUUUCUAAUGUUGAUGAAUUCUUAUCUAGUGGAUUGGAUGCCCCUGAUAAAUCCUCAUUAAAUAAAGCCAAUCAAAUACUACACGAAAUUGGAGCAUUGCAAGAUAAUAAAUUGACUAAAUUGGGUAAUUAUAUAUCAUAUUUACCAACAGAUCCACAAAGUGCUAAAUUAUUAAUAAUGGGAUGUAUUUUUGGAUGUUUGGAUAUUUGUUUGACCCUUUCUGCUAUUAGUUCUACAGGAAGUCCAUUUAUUAAUAGUUUUGAACAAAGAGAUAAAUUAAAACAAAUACAACGGAAUUUUAGUAAUGGACAAGGGGAUUUUAUAAGUAUGGCAAAUGCCUAUGAUGCAUAUAUGAAUAAGGAUCGAUCAAAGAGAUUUCUAAAUGAUAAUUUCUUGUCGUAUACCACAAUCAAGGAUAUCACAUCUACAAGAUCACAGUACCUUUCUUUAUUGACAGAAUUGGGAUUUGUACCAAGAAAAUAUCAAGAAUCCGAUAAUAAGAAUAGUACUAAUUGGUCAUUAGUUAGGGCAAUAGUUGCUGGUUCGUUCUAUCCUCAAAUAGCAAGAGUUCAGUAUCCUGAUCCUAAAUAUUUUAAAUCAAGUUCUGGUUCUGUUGAAAUUGAUCCUGAUGCUAGACAAAUUAAAUUCUGGACUAAAAAUACUGAACAAAAAGACGAUUCAUUACCUGCUUCUAGAGUAUUUAUUCAUCCAUCAUCUGUUUUAUUUAACGAUAAAAACUCAGAUUUCACAGUUCUUGAUGAUGAAGUCCUUGCUAAAAUUAGUCAUGAAGAUGGAACUAUCGAUGUUGAAAAGGCGAGACAAUUGAUUGAUUUUAAAACUCCACAAUUACCAAAAUCUUCAUCUUCUUCAUCUUCUUCUGCAUUAUCAAAGGAUUCAUUUAUUGCUUUUAGAUCAUCUCAUUUGACUACAAAACUUUAUAUCCGUGAUAUAACUCCUACGAAUCCAUUAUCAGUUUUAUUAUUUGGCGGUGAUUUUAGUUAUGAUUUAUCUGGUGUUAACUCUGGUCAAUUGAGUCAUGGUAUAGUUAUUGAUAAUUGGUUACCUAUUAGAACAUGGUGUAAAAAUGGGGUUUUAAUUAAACAUUUGAGAAAGAUCUUGGAUUCUUUAAUUGAUGCUAAAUUAUCCAAUCCUGGACAAUCAACUGAUAUAGAUGAUGAUGUUUAUGAAGUUAUUCAAAAGAUUAUCAAUUUAUAG